ACCUCCUUCUUUGCUUUUCCCCCGAGCCAUCCACCACGCUUCCAUGCUUUGCAUCCAUGUGUAGUUACACUCGAACCCACCUCUAGCACCUGGCCAGCCUGUGACGUAGUCAGCCCGCCAACAUGGCUCUGUGGUCCAAGACGAAAACCCAGUCCAAAGCCGGCUUCGACAAGGUCUACAACUGGGUCGACAAACUCGGUGCCCCCGUCAACCGCUUGUCCAACAGAGUCGGCGCCGAGGCUUUCUGGCCCACGACUCUCGACAUUGAGUCUGACAAGGCUGCGCGCAUUCUCAAGAGUUUCUGCAAGCAGCCCGCCACCGCCAAUGUGCCCCAAGGGAAGCAGAAAGUGCUCAAGAAAAUCCCGUCCAAGGUCAUACAGAAGGCAAAAGGUCUCUGCAUCUUCACAACCAUGCGGACAGGCUUUUGGGUCUCUGGAUCCGGUGGAGCCGGUAUACUUGUUGCGCGAAAAGAGGAUGGCACAUGGUCACCGCCCUCUGGCAUCAUGAUGCAUACGGUCGGUGUAGGCUUUCUGUUAGGCGUGGACAUCUACGACUGUGUCAUUGUCAUCAAUUCAGACAAGGCAUUGGAGGCUUUCCAGUCGGUGAGAUGCACUUUGGGCGGGGAAAUCAGCGCGGUCGCAGGUCCAGCUGGCGUCGGGGCCAUGCUGGAUACCGAGAUUCACAAGCGCCAGUCGCCCCUCUUCACCUACAUCAAGUCACGUGGAUUCUAUGCUGGUCUUCAACUAGACGGAACCAUUGUCAUCGAACGCACAGACGAGAAUGAGCGUUUCUACGGCGAGCGCAUAGGGGUGAAGGAUAUCCUGGCUGGAAAAGCGCGGCACGUACCUCCAGAGACAAGAAGACUUCUGGAGACACUCAAAGCAGCCCAAGGCGAUACAGACGUCGACGAAUCUUUGAUUCCCGACGAAGCUCCGCCGGGUGACUUUGAGAUCACAGGCCCCGAAGAGAAGACUUUUGGCAUUCCAGACGCUGUUGAUCCCGAUCCAUUUGGUGUGCUUGCGCUACAAGAAGCCGGUCUAGAGAUCAGGGAAGCAGGAACACACAGCCGGCCAUCAAGCGAGCAAUUCGAAUUCAAGCCGAGCCCGACGAGUCCUAUUUACAACACCUUCAGAAACUCCACGUAUCGUAGGAGUAUGGACCGCUCGAGCUUUGCCGGGAGCCGACCGUCGAGCUGGCGAAUGAGUAACAUCAGCAGCGUGUUCGAGCCUCGGGCACCAACGGUCGACAUGAGCACGCAGACCGACGAUCUGCCACCACCUCCCCCGACCAUCAAGAAACCAGCCCCGAAACUACCGCCACGAACAAGCGUCGCACCCACACCUGCUACGCCCACGAUAGAGAUACCCGAGACAACGAUCGAACACCCCACUCCGCCACGGCCAACGAGCGCCGAAAAGAAGCCCGAAGAGGCUACUCCUACAGCUCCAGAACCAGAGCCUCUACCACAGCCUCAACCAAGCAAGGCCAAUGAUGACAAAUCGAGCGGCUCUCCCCGGAAGGAAGUAUCACCUGAUAAUGCAGAUCUUAACAACGAUGACGAGGAUGAUGAUGAUGAUGAUUUUGAAGAGGAACCAGUUGUUCACGAGAUCCAUCAGGCAGCGGCCCCGCAGGCAAUUCGUGCACGCGUCGUCCAAGUGGCGAAGCCCGUUGCCCCGGCCCUGCCUGCCAGGAAUCCCUUCCGCAACCGUAUGUCGACCAACUCGGAUGGAUCACUGAACACAACAUCAGCCAUGCCUUCUCCGACCAUUCCAAAGCAUAGUCCGGAUUCAACUCCUUCCCUCAUGCGCGGAGACUCGACUUCAUCUUUGUCUUCUGUAGAAGACAGCAGGCUCGAACAGAUUGGCAACAGGCUCAAGCCCAAAUACUCCCAUGAGCCGUCGCCAGAAGACAACAAGACAGACAACGCAGCUCUCCAUUCGCCCCCAGAGUCUCCUAUCAAGAGCAUCCCAGGUGGCUUCAACUAAGGCAGUCAUGUUUCUUAUGGUUAUCAGACUUGGUCACGAUAUUUACAUACCGCUCUUUGGUUUUUCUAUUCUCUACUGCAUAGCGGCAUUGUUACCUAUACCCGAAUUACACGCCUGUAGAAGCUUGGUCUGACGGUAUUUAUUGCAUGCUCCUGCCCCUGCUAUCUCAGCUCGACAGCCACGCAUUUGACAAUUGGCCCCUGCUUAUGCAGUUAGAGUGUUAAGGUACCAGCUUGGAACCUGUACUCGCUCUUCAUGCUGAGGGUAUCAUUACUUUCUGUCUUUUACGCCUCACGACUUUAUUGAUAUCCACAUUUUACCGUUCCGAUUCGCUCGCAUAGAGCGUUUUGCUAUAAAAUCUGUAAUUUCUAGCCUAGCAAGGAAAUGGAUUAUUAUUGAUCUUCUUGU